AUGCCUUCUCUUCUUCCUCCCUUCACGCCGCUCACUCCUUCUGAAAGAGUGAUGGACAGGUCACAGCGUGAUCCCAGGGUCAGGGAUCAAGCCGGCCGCGACAAGCUGCCAGUGGCAGUAGCCAUGCGCCUGUUGCUGCUGAGCUUAAAAGGAAGAGAGCAAAAUAUUUUUAGGUGUCUUGGGCGAGAGAGAGAGGAGGAGGGUCCAGGAGGUCGGGAGAGCUUUGAGCGAGUGAGAGGCAGAGAACCAGAGAGUGAGGGAGCUCGAGAAGGUGGUCGACCGUCGCCGGAGUCCGUUCGUCAGCCGCCGUCUGCCGCAGCGCUCCCCCCUGAACCAGGUAGGUCAUUCCGGAACACGUCUGCCCUGUUUUUGCGAGGCGCCAGGCCGGAGCUUGUGGUUGACCACGCCCUCUCUUCUGUCUUCUCCCGCACGAAGUCUCUCUCACAAAAAUCUUUCUCCGCCUCCUUCGACACCGACGAUCAGCACCGGCCGAGCGCCCUCCUCGUCCGGCGGUACUCGAUCUCCGCCGCCGCCACCGCCACCGCCACCCCGCCCUCGCAGCUCCCGCUGGCCUCCAAGAUCCAGAGCGGCUUCGAGCCGCGGAAGUCGUUGUCGACCUCCGCCUCCUUCGACGCCAACGACCAGCACCGGCCGAGCGCCCCCUCAUCCGGGGGUACUCGAUCUCCGCCUCUGCCGCCGCCGCCGCCGCCGCCUCCUCGCCGCCCUUGCAGCUCUCGCUGGCCUCCAAGGUCCAGAGCGGCUUCGAGCCGCGGAAGUCGUCGUCGACCUCCGCCUCCUUCGACGCCGACGACCAGCACCGGCCGAGGGCCCCCUCGUCCGGCGGUACUCGAUCUCCGCCGCCGCCGCCUCCUCGCCGCCCUCGCAGCUCCUGCUGGCCUCCAAGGUCCAGAGCGGCUUCGAGCCGCGGAAGUCGUCGUCGACCUCCGCCUCCUUCGACGCCGACGACCAGCACCAGCCGAGCACCCCCUCGUCCGGCGGUACUCGAUCUCCGCCGCCGCCGCCGCCUCCUCGCCGCCCUCGCAGCUCCGCUGGCGUCCAAGGUCCAGCGUCUCGCGGACAAUGUCCAGCUUGCGAGGCAGGAUUACUUGGAGCUGAGACAAGAGGCGAGUGAACUGCAGGAGUAUUCCAACACGAAGCUCAAUCGAGUCACGCAGUCACGCGCUACCUCGGCGUUCUCGCCGACAAGAAGCCGAAACUAGAUCAAGUCGCCCUUGAAGGUGAGGCUAGGAUAGCACCGCUCGUCUGUGAGAAGAGGAAGUUGUUCAAUGAGUUGUUGACAUCCAAAGGAGGGGCAUAUCGAAGUUCUAUGAUGGCAAGUGAAAAUCUUUCACGAGCUUAGCAAAUGCUUCUAUUUCUUCAUCUGUUAAAGAGAUCGUAAAAUUGAAAAAUGCUUACAGCAGAAGGCGUAGAAAUAUCUUCGCAUCCAGUCACAUGUUGGACAGAAGCCGCAAUUUUUCCUUGGGAAGCAACGUGGUGGGGAUAUCUAAGAGAAGACCGCUCACCUUGAGCAACGGCGCAUUGUUUUGAAGGUUGCUGCUAUGUGCAACUCAGAGAGUUUUAGUUCCGCGAGUGAAGACUCAAUGACUGAAAAAGCUGACCCCGAGGAUUUAGCUUGAGAUCUGUAGAUUGUGCUCGGCCUAGUUCGGUUUCAUACCCACGAGGUUCAUUUGCGUUUGGGGCGUAUAUGGUUUUUAUUCAGGUUUUGGAUACAUCUUCCACUUGUACUAAGUAAUUUAUUUCUCCACGAGGAUAUUAGGUUGUUGCAAAACUACGAAGCGAGCAGGGCAAAGCCACAUCUGAGGUGCAAAGCCAUUGCCCAUGUAUUUUGCGGGACGAUGGACUGGUAGUAUGUAUAUAUGUUCACUUGCAUCAAAUAAAAGUUAGUAGUCCAUUUCAGAU